GCUACCUAACAAUCUUCUUGCUCGCUUCAUUCGAUUGUGAACUGAUAAACACACACACCCAAACCUUAGUUUUGUUGACCCUUUUCGCAAUGGAAAUCUCAUCUGCAAAAUGGUUAUCUGAUAUGGAUUUGGAAUCUGCAUUUAUGGAUGAUUUCGAAAUGAACCCUUUUGAGUGCACGCUAGACGAGCUCAGUUUCCAAACUUUCUCUGACGAAAGCCACACAUCCCACCUAGAUCUUGAGAACUCCGUACAAACUCCGCCGCCGCCGCCGGCCAAGCAGCCGAGGACCAGUGGCAGCUGGAACAACUCUUCCACGACCCGUCAAAUUGCUUCCAUGGCUGCUUCUUCUUCCUCAUCACACAUCAUUUCAUUUGGGAAUUCCCAUUCUUCUUCUCCUCCUGCUUCCAACAAAUUAGUUGGGAACAAUGGCAAUUACAGCAACGUGAAGCCCAAAUUCGAGAUUGGGUGCGAAGGGAACAUUGAUUUGUCAUCGGUCAUCCCUCAAGGUUCCUAUGAGAACAAUCCAAAUUGUUCCCCAAAAUACGAUGGUGUGGGAAUGAAGAGGGGCGCUUCGGCUAUGAAUUAUCGCACCGCUUUGGUUGCUCAAGAUCAUGUCAUAGCUGAGCGAAAGCGUAGAGAAAAGCUCAGCCAGCGAUUCGUUGCUCUUUCAGCUCUUAUUCCACACCUCAAGAAGAUGGACAAAGCGUCUAUUCUUGGGGAUGCAAUAACAUACAUCAAGGAUCUUCAAGAUCGUUUGAAGGUUGCGGAUGAAGAAGCAGCCAAAUCAAGAGUGGAAUCAGUGGUGUUUGUGAACAGAUCCGAGGAUGUCUCUGCCGUGGUGGAAGACGAUUCCUCAGAGGAAAACAGCUCAUCCGACAGAGCCAUUCCAGAGAUAGAAGCCAGAGUGUCUGGGAAGGAUGUUCUGUUGAAGAUUCAUGGCAAGAAAUGCAAAGGCUGCCUUUCAAACAUACUAAACCACAUAGAGGAGCUUAAUCUAACAGUUCUCAACAGCAGUGCCUUGCCAUUUGGCAAUUUCAGGAUUGAUAUAACCAUUAUAGCUCAGAUGGGUGAUGGCUUUUCCAUGACAGUGAAGGAGCUAGUGCAGAAACUACGACAGGCUUGCCUACAAUUCGUGUAAAAUUACAGAGCUUUGCCACUCUCAGUCACAAAGGUUGCCUUUUGCCUACAAAGCUCCAAUUAACUGUUGAUGAUCUGCUUCCAUUUUACUCCAGAAUAUGUUCAGCACGAGGGCGUUUUGUUUUUUAAAAAAAUUUCUUUGCAUUUUUUUGCGUGGGGCAGAUCUUUGACCACGUUAAGGAAAUUUAGGAUAAC